CCCAAUUCGCCUAAUUUUCUACUUUUCUAUAACAGUUUCCCAUAGGUGGGAAAAGAAUGGUAACUUGGUAUUGACGUAAAACGCUACAAACAUGUUAUUAUUUAAGACAUAGUGUGGGGGCCUUUAUCUUAAUUUACGCAAACAAGCACGUAAUCCUGUUUUAAAACUCCACGGAAUCGAAACAAAGCCAGUUACAGCGGAAAACGACGGACGAUUCAACUAAAGCCCUUAAUCAAGCUAAGGAACUCACAAGUCAGACAAGAUGAUGAAGACUUUGGUGUUAUUGACAGCUUUAGUAUGUUUAACUAUUACAACGGCCAGGUUUCUGGAUGAAACCGUAAGUGUUAUGGCUAUCAGAUCUGAAAGAGAAUGCGAAGAAGACUACGAUUGCCAAAGCCCUGAGAAUGAAAAUCUCAUUUGCAAUUACCAGAAUCAAUGCAGAAAUAUCUCAUUUUGGGAUGAAAUUAUACGACGAAAACCGUGUUUCCGCAUAUGGAAGAGCUCAUGUUCAUCAGACUCUGACUGCCCGUGCGAGGGAAACAGGCUGAUGUGUGAAGAUGGAGAAUGUGUUGAAAACAGGAGUGUAGUGGCCAGAUCAUAAAUUAUCACCAUGCUGUUGCCUUUCUUUUAAAUUUUAAUUUAGCUCAAAACGAACUAUACUAGUAGAUAUUAAACAGCUUAAGCACAGGCGUUUUCGAGAGAAGGACGAAAAAACCGAAAGUCGAAUUUUCUCCUCUUUAAGGGGGGAAUUAAUCAUUGGUAGUGGGGGUGGGGUGGGUGAAAAUACGCCCAUGCAAGGACAUAGACUUCUCUUUGACGUUCGUGGCUCAGAAACGUCUGUACUUGAGCUCUCUAUCAUCAAUCUGAAAUCACUAACCCGAUGUAAAUUUACUGAAAACUCUUCAAGGGUUCUUAAAUAAAGGAAUGAAAAUUCGAUACCA